AUCUGCUCGAAACUAGCAAACUCAAGAGAGCGGCAAAGCGUUGGGAGACUUUCUUCCUGAAUCUUGUACAUUUGGCUCAGGCGUGAGGCCAGAAAUGCAAGGAGGAGCAUCAGGCAUUGGUUACGGUUUGAAGUACCAGGCCAGAUGUAUAUCAGAUGUGAAAGCAGACACGGAUCACACCAGCUUCCUCACUGGAACUCUAAGCCUGAAAGAAGAAAACGAGGUUCAUCUGCUUCGUCUGUCAUCGGGUGGAUCUGAGCUGAUAUGCGAGGGUUUAUUUUCGCAUCCUAAUGAGAUAUGGGACCUUGCUUCUUGCCCUUUCGAUCAACGGAUUUUCUCUACUGUCUUCUCGACUGGCGACUCAUUUGGAGCAGCAAUAUGGCAAAUCCCUGAGCCAUAUGGUCAAUCGAAUUCAUCAACAUUGGAGUCUGUAGCCUCUCUUGAUGCACAUGUUGGUAAGAUUAAUUGCGUUCUUUGGUGUCCCUCUGGAAAAUCUGACAAGUUAAUCAGCAUGGACGAACAAAACCUUGUCUUGUGGAGUUUAGACUGCUCCAAAAAAAGUUCCGAGGUUUUAUCUAAGGAGUCAGCUGGUAUGCGGCAUUCUUUGACUGGUGGAGCAUGGAAUCCACAUGAUGUGAAUUCUGUUGCAGCGACUUGUGAAUCAUCUAUCCAGUUUUGGGACUUACGGACUAUGAAGAAGGUUAAUUCCAUUGAACGUGCCCAUGUACGUAGUGUUGAUUACAACACCAAGAGAGAACAUAUACUCGUCACUGCAGAUGAUGAAUCUGGGAUACAUGUCUGGGAUCUCCGGAAGGCGAAGGUUCCUGUCCUAGAACUCCCUGGUCAUACACAUUGGACUUGGGCUCUCAGGUGUAACCCUGAGUAUGAAGAGCUAAUUCUGAGCGUUGGAACAGACUCAGCUGUCAACUUGUGGUUUGCUUCCGCAUCUAGUGAGAAGAAAACCUCAGAAAGCUCGGGGGAAGUAUCGCGUCAGCGUGUGAACCCGUUGCUGAAUUCUUAUACUGACUACGAAGACAGUGUGUAUGGCCUCGCUUGGAGCUCGCGUGAGCCUUGGAUUUUUGCAUCAUUGUCAUAUGACGGCAGGGUUGUGAUCGAAUCCGUCAAACCAUUCCUGCCGAGAAGAUAGGUUCAUGCACCCAGUCGAAGAAGCGCUCAAAGGAAAAGCUGCAAUCUCAUAUCCAUUUUAUACAAAUUUUGAACGUAUUGAUAAUAAUCACCACCAAAUUAUUCUUGUACAAAUGUUGAGAACUGUUACUCAUGUCUCUGAUCAUCCCUAUCCCUCAAGCUACAAUAGCUAUUUUUUUUAUAUAUUAUGUUA